AUGAAAUUCGAAAACGUCGCGAUUUUAUUCAGUAUAGCCGCCGCAGUUGUUGCUAAUGAAGAGGGAGCUAAACACAGGAGAAGUCUUGGUGACAAAGGAAAUAGCAACUCGUUGACUUCAAUUUACCGUAGGGAUGUUGAGGGACAUAAGCUUGGGUGGAGAGGUAUUGGCUGGAGUAAGCUUUCUUCGAGAGCUGUCACUGAUGAUGGUACUGUAGGAGUUGAAAGUACCGAUGGAAGUGAUGGAAGUGAUGGAAGUGAUGGUAGUACUGCAGGAGUUGAAAAUACCGAAGGAAAUGUUGAUGGUGUUGUUCAAAGUACCGAAGAAAGUGAUCAAGAUGCUGAAGGGAGUGAUGAUGGUAAAGGAGUUGAAAGUACCGAAGAAAGUGAUGAAAAUGCUGAAGGAAGUGGUACUACAGCAGUUGAAAGUACUGGAGUUGAAAGUACUGGAAUUGAAAGUACUCGGGUUGAAAGUACUGGAAUUGAAAGUACUGGGGUUGAAAGUACCCAAGGAAGUGAUGAUGGUACUGCAAGUGCUGGAAGAGUUGGUAAUGGAGGUGAAGAUGAUACACCAGAUGAUAAGGGAUGUAACCGUUAUGGGAGAGGAAGUGAUGGUAAGAAGUGUGAUUACCACGGUCCUAAACCAAAACCAGGAGAUCCAGAUGACGAGGAAGAUGAUAAACAAUGUAACCGUCAUGGCAAGAACCGUCAUGGUGACAAGUGCGACUACCAUCCACCUGGUGGUGACGAUGAUGAUGAUAAUGACGAUGACGACAAUGAUGAUGACGAUAAUGAUGAUGAUGACGAUGCACCAGAUGAUAAGGGAUGCAACCGUUAUGGUAGAGGACAUGAUGGUAAGGAUUGUGAUUACCACGGACCAAAACCAAAGCCAGGAUGUCCUGAUGACAAGGAAGAUGAUAAACAAUGUAACCGUCAUGGCAAGAACCGUCAUGGUGACAAGUGCGACUACCAUCCCCCUGGUGGUGACGAUAAUGAUGAUGAUGACGAUGCACCAGAUGAUAAGGGAUGCAACCGUUAUGGUAGAGGACAUGAUGGUAAGGAUUGUGAUUACCACGGACCAAAACCAAAGCCAGGAUGUCCUGAUGACAAGGAAGAUGAUAAACAAUGUAACCGUCAUGGCAAGAACCGUCAUGGUGACAAGUGCGACUACCAUCCACCUGGUGGUGACGAUAAUGAUGAUGAUGACGAUGCACCAGAUGAUAAGGGAUGCAACCGUUAUGGUAGAGGACAUGAUGGUAAGGAUUGUGAUUACCACGGACCAAAACCAAAGCCAGGAUGUCCUGAUGACAAGGAAGAUGAUAAACAAUGUAACCGUCAUGGCAAGAACCGUCAUGGUGACAAGUGUGACUACCACGGAAAAGAUAAGCAUCCUCGCCCUCCAUCAAAAACAGUCACUCAAUAUACAACUCUUACUGAUUAUAUCACGUAUUGUCCAGAACCAACCACAAUCACUUUGACUACUUGCAAGGAUAAAAAAUGCGAGCCAAAGACUGUCACCAUAACCGAACCAACAACAUUAACCAUCACCGGCGAAUGUGUAGUUCCAGUUCCAGUUCCAACUGAAACAGGUGAUAGUAAUGACUGGAACGGUAAUAACUGGGGAUAUUGGGGAUAUUGCGAUCCUGUCACUGUAACCGAAUAUGCUACCAAAUAUAUUAAACAGAGUCCAAAAACAAAAACAAAAACAGAAACAACGACUAUAACGGCAAUCGGAUAUGACAAUAUGCCAACUGUCAUCCCUACUCCUAUGCCAACUCCUAUGCCUACUCCCAUCCCUACACCUACGGAUGAUAUGACUAGUAGUGCAGAGCCAACAGAAUCUGAUACCUUAACAGCAACUUAUACCCCACCAAUCGUUAUUAAAAGAGCAUUAUUUGGCCUUUAA